AUGGACAAUAAUUCAAUUUCCACGUGAUAAUAAGUAGAAGAAGAAAGGAGUAUCUGAAUCAUGGCUUCUUCUUCUUGUUGUUUCAGUGGAAGUUCAAUUUCUUCUGCAUAUCAUCAUCAUGACAGACCCCCAUAUAUGAAACCAAAAUUUAUCCAAUCCCAACCCAUUUCAAAUCAAAAUGACCCAUAUUCUUCUUUAACAUCCAUUACUACUACUUGUACAGCAAAAAACAGCAGAAAUGUGAGAGGGGAAAGAGAUAGAGAGAAUCUAGAGAGAGAAUCUAGAGAAAGAAAAGAAGAAGUGAAUAAUAAGAUAGCUUCUAAAAAAGCUAUAUCUGUAAUACUGAGAAGAGAAGCAACUAAAGCUAUAAUUGAAAAGAAAAAAGGCCCCACCAAUUCUAAGAAACUCUUACCUAGAACUCUUCUUGAAGCUCUUCAUGAAAGAAUCUCUGCCUUGCGUUGGGAAUCUGCUCUCAAGGUAUUUGAGCUACUGCAAGAGCAGCUAUGGUACCGCCCUAAUCCUGGUAUAUACAUAAAGCUCAUAGUCAUGCUUGGUAAAUGCAAGCAACCCGACAAGGCCCAAGAGCUUUUUCAGUCUAUGAUUGAUGAAGGUUGUAUGGCGAAUCAUGAGUCAUACACGGCACUAGUUUCAGCCUACAGUAGGACUGGCCUCUUGCAUCAAGCCUUUUCUCUCCUCGAACAAAUGAAGGUUACACCUGGUUGUAAGCCCGACGUUUUCACUUACUCCAUUCUCAUAAAAUCUUGUCUGCAAGUCUUUGCUUUCGACCAUGUGCAAACUCUGCUCUCUGACAUGGCAGAACAAGGUGUCAAGCCCAAUACCAUCACAUACAACACCCUCAUCGAUGCCUAUGGGAAAGCAGGCAGGUUUGGAGAGAUGGAAUCUACACUCAUGGAAAUGCUUCUGGAGCAAGAGUGUCAACCUGAUGUUUGGACCAUGAACUCGACUCUUAGAGCUUUUGGUGGCAGUGGGCAGAUUGAGACAAUGGAGAGAUGCUAUGAGAAGUUCCAGAGCGCAGGUAUCCGUCCCAGCAUUAAAACUUUCAACAUACUCCUGGAUUCAUAUGGAAAGGCUGGUAGUUACGAAAAGAUGAGUGCAGUGAUGGAGUAUAUGCAAAAAUACUACUUCUCGUGGACAAUUGUAACCUACAAUGUGGUAAUAGACGCAUUUGGGAGAGCUGGAGACCUAAAACAGAUGGAAUACUUGUUCAGGCUAAUGAGAUCUGAAAGGAUUAAACCGAACUGUGUCACACUCUGCUCACUUGUUAGAUCAUACGGAAGAGCAGGAGCGAAGGAAAAGAUUGAAGGUGUUAUAAGGUUCAUUGAGAACUCAGAUAUACUGCUGGAUACUGUGUUUUUUAACUGUUUGGUUGAUGCCUAUGGAAGGUUAGGCUGUUUAGCUGAGAUGAGACAAGUGUUGGAAAUGAUGGAAAAGAGUGGCUGCAAACCUGGUAAAGUUACAUACAGCACCAUGAUCAAAGCUUAUACCAGUAACGGUGUAAGUAGUCGUGCGAAAGAGCUUCAAGAUAUCAUCGGCAGACAAUAUGUGAAUAGACGUGACAGUAAACUAUCACAGAUCGACGAGCCUCAUUUUCAUUAACAUAUGUAAUUUAUAAGUGUAUAAUGUAUUGUACUCCCUCCAUUGCAGGAAAAAAGAAAAAUCCUAUUUACACAAUUUUUAA